ACAGUUUGGAUACUCACCGCUGCUGUGGAGGAAGCCCACCUUCUGGCCUCGAUGGUUUGGAUGCUCAACACUGUUUGGGGGUCAUCGCACUGUGUCUUUCACUCUGGAUUGCUGUGAAACACUUUCACGACUUGCGACGACUCGGUCCAAUGACAGGAUCAAUCAUCGGGGACCGUUUCGGAGUGCUGAUACGAUCUCACGUGCUUUAUUUUGCAAGCUUACAUCUCUCUCCAAAGCUCAUGAAUUCAAUUUCUAUCGGAACUCAGAUACUUGUUGGUACUCUUCCGAUUUUAUUGGACGUGCAGAUGUUUGUGCUGAAACCACGCCUCAUCCUGAGCGUUCGAGAACAUCAUGCUAAGCUCGUGGCCGACUCCGAUGCAGAAACUACUAGCGUGAAAUCGAUUAUCUUCCAGGAGCGCAAGCGUGCAUGUGUACCAACCAGCAGUAGGAAAUGCUUGCCGAGUGCCACUGAGCGGUCUGCAGGGAUGCGAAUUUGGUCGAGGAUCCGUCGUGGUACAUAUUUAACAUGUGGUGUUUUUGAAAGGCCUAGGCAAACCUAUUUCCUAUCGUCUUACUACUGGAACGGAGUAGUUACCCACCCGCGUUUGCGCCAAGUGGCAAGCUAAAAUGUAACCAAGUCCUUGAAGCCGAUGCUAAUAUACAACGAGAAUCUGCAUAAGUCA